CCCACCCCCUACUUUCAUGCGAACCCAGCUGGCCUUGAACAUUGGAAACACUCGCUUCAAUGAGGUCAUGGAGGCCCAGCUGCCCUCGCACGGCGGCCCUAAACCCUCAACGGAGAGUGACAUGAGCACCCGCAGGGACUAUAUCGUGGCCAAGUAUGUGGAACACAGGUUUGCCCGGCGGUCCACCCCCGAGCCUCAGAGACUCUGGACGGCCAUUUGCAACCGGGACCUCCUGUCUGUACUGGAGGCCUUCGCUAAUGGGCAGGACUUUGGACAGCCACUGCCGGGGCCUGAGGGGCAGGCAUCUGGAGAGCUCGCCCUGCACUUGGCUGUCAGAGUCACCAACCAGGCCUCCCUGCCCCUGGUGGAUUUCAUCAUCCAAAACGGUGGUCACCUGGAUGCCAAGGCUGCUGACGGGAACAGCGCCCUGCACUGCGCUGCUCUCUACAACCAACCCGACUGCCUCAAGCUGCUGCUAAAAGGGAGAGCCUCACUUGGCACAGUGAACGAGGCAGGAGAGACAGCUCUGGACAUAGCCAGGAAGAAGCAGCACAAAGAGUGUGAGGAGCUGCUGGAGCAGGCCCAUGCCGGGACCCUCGCCUUCCCCCUGCACCUGGACUACCCCUGGGGGAUUUCCACAGAGCCUGGCUCUGACAGUGAGGAGGACGAGGAAGAGAAGCAGCGCUGCCCGCUGAAGCCCCCAGCCCAGGUCCGCUGGGCCAGUGGGAGGCUGGACAUCAGCAACAAGACCUACGAGACCAUCGCCAGCCUGGGACCAGCUGCCCCUAAGAUCCAGAGUGAGGAUUGCCCCCCACCUCUGCCGGUCAAAAACCCUUCUCGGACCAUGGCCCAAGGGCGUGCGGGACAUGCCAGUGGAGAUCGUUCCGAAGUUCCCAGCCUGAGCUCGGAGUCUGCUGGGGUCCCUGAGAACCUGAGCAGUCCAGCCUCCUCCUCCUCCAGCCUCACAAGCCCCGUGGAACCUGGGGGUCCCAACCAAACGCUACCCAGCUCUGAAGAGGGCCUCUGGGAGCCCCCGGGCCCCUCCCGACCCAGCCUGACAUCUGGAACCACCCCUUCAGAGAUGUAUCCCCCUGUCAGGUUCAGCUCUGAGAGCACUCGCUCCUAUCGGCGGGGGGGCCGGAGCCUAGAGGACUGUCCUUCAGCCCGGCAGCCUCUACCCAGAAGGAACAUGCCGGUUGGCUUCACCGAAGGAGACGGUUCAAGGACUGGGGUUCUCCCAGCAAGUUCUGUGCAGCUUUUGCAAGACUAGCUCCUUACUAGCCCUUGCAUGCCUGAACCACCCCCAUGCUGGAUGCCAGCAUUCAGAGCUAGGACUUGAGCCCAUAAGACUGGGGAGCUGAGGUGUUUAUGCCCUGGGGUCUUGCUGUCUCUGUCCCUUGUGCCUCUGUGGCUGGCCUUCCUCCCUGACAUGGGCCCAUGCCCCUGCCAAGGACACUGGGCCCCUCCACGUUAGGGCUGAUGGCGGUUUGUCUCCAUCUCAUACCUGCCAGGGACCAGGGAGCCCUAUGGCUGGACCCGGGUGCUCCUGACCCAGCUCCAAGUGCAGAACCUUAAGUCCCUCAUCAGACCAGGACUGUGUUUCUUCCAUCAGUCUGGGGGGCUCUAACCUGCCUUCAUCAUCCUGGAGGCCAGGGAUUCUGCCAGACUAGGGACUGUCUUCUCAGCCAUUCAUUAGCCUAGUAUUCUUUGACUGAGUUCUGGCUCUUUGUCCAUUCCUGUGCUAGGCACUGCAGAUGUCACAGGAAUAAGACAAAGGUCCUGCAGAUAUGGUCCCUUUCUGAGUAGCCGGUCCCACAAAUUAGGCUUGGAAAUGGGCAGGGCUAGAUUCCAGAGGAUGGUUCUGGGCUUAGGGGCAGACAGACAAUCAGCUGGCUUACACCUGAAUAACAUUGCAGUUGUCUACAGCGUGUAUCCAUUCUGGUUGCUCAAUGCCCAUGCUGUACUGGCUGUUAAAUAAAUAUUCUGAAUAUCACUCCUUUUGAGGGACAGCACAGCCUUGCUGGGGACCUCUGUUAUAAUAGAUUCCCAGCCAGGAAGUAGAGGAGGGUUCACCCCCAUUUGCUUACUCUCCUUGAUUUAGCAAGAAUGAAAGGAAUGGUCUGGGAUGAUUAUCCUCACUUCUCUCCUCUUUCUGUCAGUCAACUUAGGAACCUUCCAGUCUCGGGGGAGGAAAGGGCCAAGAAAGGAGAAAGGAGAGUGAUAGAAAUGGAGGGUGGAGACUUAAAGGUUCUACUUCCCAGCGCCAGAAAUUCCACCGUCGCUUUCAGGCCCAUAUUGGAAAACAGAUACACCUAAGCCAUCAUCAGUCUCUAACAGGUCAGCUUUAUAGGCACUGGUCGCUGGGCCCUGGCAGGGAUGGACCAGGACAAACAGGGGAGGCCAGAGGAUGCCAAUGGCCAAUGCAGCAGCCUGGUCCGGGAGGCUGCGUGUUUACCCUGGAGACCUGACGGGUCUGUGAUCCCGCAGGAGCGAGGUUGUCUUCAGAGCCCCCAGUGUCUUGUUAUUUCACUCAUCUCUAAUAAAAGAUUAU